GCCGCGCGCUCCGGACAGCUCGGCGCGAUGCGAUACGUCUCGAGCGCAGUCAGUAACGGUCCAGCGGCCGAUUUGGAGGGUUGUUUCUCUUUGAACCUUCUUGAAAAAGGUACACUUUGAGUGAACGGAGAAAGUGGUUCGCGAGGAAAACCAACGCGAGAAAUCGCAAUGCGGACGAAGCUGCAGCUAUUGUUGAUCGGGUUGUUCCUGGCGGUCCUGAUAGUGGAUGUGUCCGCCCAACAGCACAGACGGAAAUAUCGACGUCGUACGACCACAACGGAGGUACCUAUGCAAGAUGAGAUCAUGAACAUGUUGGAAGCUGAUGAAAUAGCCGAGGAGGCGGAGGACGCUGAGGUCACUCUCGAAAAUGGCAGAAACGAGGCUGGAUCGAAGCAGCGGCUCCAGGCAGACCCGUGCCUGGACAAACACUGCGGCGCUGGUCGCGUUUGCAAGAUUACGGACGAGGGCACGGCCGAGUGCAUUUGCGUGGAGCUCUGCAACCAGGAGGUCGAUCCACGUCGCAAAGUCUGCACCAACUAUAAUGAGACCUUCGGUAGCGACUGCGAGGUCUAUCAAGCGCGUUGCUUUUGCAAUACCGGUGACGCCAGGUGUAGGGGCCCCGAUUAUCAACAUGUUCACAUCGAGUACUAUGGAGAGUGCCGACAGAUGCCCAUGUGCAAGGAGGAGGACAGGGCUGACUUUCCCAGACGAAUGCGCGACUGGUUGUUCAAUAUUAUGCGCGAUUUGGCAGAUCGACAAGAAUUGCCAUCGCAUUAUCUGAAGAUGCAACGCGAGGCCGAAACCAAUCACACAUUGCGUUGGGCGAACGCGGCUAUUUGGAAAUGGUGCGACUUGGAUGGGCAUCCGCACGACCGGGCGGUGUCCAGACACGAGCUCUUCCCGAUCAGGGCACCCUUAAUGGCUCUCGAACAUUGUAUUGCGCCCUUCCUCGAUUCUUGUGACAUCGAUAAUGAUCAUAAGAUUACGUUGAUCGAGUGGGGCAAGUGUCUAGAGCUCGACGAGGAUGAUAUAGAUGACAAGUGCGAUGAAUUAGCGGAAGCGAAUCACGAGCAUUAGAGAUACAUCGAAUCCUUCUCGGAGAAGGAUGGAAGAGGGGCGCGAACGACAUUAGACGAGAGAACAGAAGAGAUCGGAAUAUGCGAACAUAAUAACAGGACAGGCAAACGGUCAAGGAAGGGCGCGAAGAGGCGCAGGUAACGCGUAGGGAAGGGCAGGGCACAACAGAGUACGGCAGGGGAGGGAGGAGUAGAUAAAAAUGGCGGGAAAAAUUAUCGCAAACGCGCGUGCGUGAACGCGGCAAUACGCAGGCCCCGCACCCAUCGACGAGUCGAUACAGCGCGACAAGGCCGUAUCAUUGCGAUGCCGAUAUGCCAUGCCUUGGUCUCCUCGUUACGUGCCAAGCAACCAACAAUCGAACUGCUUCAAAUGGGCUCCUCAAUAAUACAGGCCUCGUCGCAACCUGGUGCACGGCGACGCAAUUCGCGAUUAUAACCGACGCGGAUAGGAAGAAUUCAAAUUCCAAUAUGCAAUCGAAUGUUGAUGCAUCUCGAUACUUACAAUCGCAUAAUUCAAUUAAUUCGAACUCAAGUCAAAAGAAUAACGAUACGAUACAUGCAAACAGAUAUUUUGUUUUUUCGAGAAAUGCAGAAGAAUGCAAAGAAUUUGAUUUUUAGAAACGAUUCAGAGAAUUUGAGUUCCAGUAAAGAAAAGAUAUAUCUCCAUAAGCAUAAUAGAAACGUAAAAGCAUAAAUAGAACGUACAAAAGUAAAUUGUACUAAAUAUAAAUGUAUCACUUUGUUAUUUAAAAGAAGAGAAAUUUAUCGAGAAAUAUGACUAAAGCUAAAAAUAAAUGUAAAUGGAAUAUUGGAAUAUUUUGACAAACUAUUUCGACAAACUCGUCGGUGCGAAAUAUUUGAAUAAUGCGGAUCUUUUACAUAUUUACUCGCCAUUUUGUGACCGCCCCGCCAUAUGUCAUCAUUACAUAACCGUCCGUUUUGCCAUCCACGAUGAUCCAGAAUUGUGAUCGUAGAAAUUAAUUCUCCUUUCGAGAAUAAUGUCUUCCAAGAAAGAAUAUGUAUACUUUUCUGAAAUAUAUAUUAUGAAGUUA